AUGUCCAGCUCGGGUAGUUUAGAUAGUCUUCUGGGGGGGGUCAAAUGCUGGGUCCACGAACCGAGCUGCUGCCCCUGACAGCCUUAGUGAGUCCGAGGCAGGGCCCGAGGUAGAGCUCGAGGAAGAUCUCGAGUUCGAGCCCGUAGGCCGAGUCACCUCGGGUAGCUUGGCAUCCACCUCCCGUCGAGGUCAGACGCCAGAUAAGUUCGGGCAUUCCACUAUGACGCCCGAGUGACUUCGGUCCCUUAUUGCUCAGUAUAACCUGCCCAGGGAGUAUACUUACAUUUUACCCUCGGGCGACUUCCCUUGGGAGCACGGUCCGGACGAGAUCGUGAUAUUCUGGGAGCAGCUUGUUGCCGGGCUGCGCCUUCCUUUCCAUCCCCUUAUCGUCGAGGUCAUGAAUCACUUCAGCGUUACUGUCGGUCAGCUCCACCCAAACUCCAUUCGUAACCUUGUUGGGACCAUCUCCCUUUGUUGCGAACAUUGCCUUCCAUUGGACCUGGAAAUCUUUUCCGCCAUUCUUAUGCUCAAGAAGCAAGCGGGUCCCCUGCCUGGGCGUAGGCGGGCCUACUACUUGUCUCCUCGUCCGAGGUUCAAGCUUUUGCACGAUCUUCCGAAUAAGGUCCCAACACGGAAGCGGGACUACUUCGUGGUUCGAAGUGCUAUGGGGUGGCCGUUUCCUACCGAGUGGGGAUUGGUUGAUCCUGAUCCCGAUGCCACGUUAGAUAAAGAUACGGCGAAGGGCCUCUAGGACUGGGCCCGGCUUGAGCUCGAAUGUCGAGACUACCUGACGGAGGCCAAGCUUAUUCAGGCCGGUCUGAGUUCAGGUAGGUUUCUUGCUUAGAGGCUUGCUUUUGCUUUGUUUUUAUUCUCGUCUUUUGACGUCGAUCUCCUUUUUGCAAGUGUUAUGGAGGCAGAGAAGACUUGAGGUGCGAGCUUGUUUGAUGGUAUGAGGAGGAGGAAGCGAGCCGCUAAGCGGGUCCGUGCCGAUCCUUCCCGGGUUGCGGAGCCCAAGGCACCGAGCCCUCUGAGAAUGGAGCCUUUCGGGGAGCCCAAGGUGGCCCCUCCAAUUCAGGAAGCGACAGGGGUCCCUUAUGCCGAUACUGCUUAUACCCGGGCUGUGCCUUCAGGCUCGGGAAGUCAGGAUGGGGUUGGGAGCGUGCUGACGCCGAGCUACGCUCUCCGAAAAAGUAAGAAUGCUACCUGCCCUGAGGUGGUCGCGGCGUGGGCCGAUCUUCCUCCGAAUCACAUAGGCGCGCAUGCUGCUACUCACGCCAUGGUGGUGAACUCCUCUAUCCACACUAACACUCCAGGCGGAGAGGGGAUUGAAGCGAGCGCAAGCUGUCGAAGAGGCUUCCCGCGCUGCGCGAAUCGAGCUAACGAGGUCUCGGAGGGACAACGAGGCCUUGGGAUUGGUGGUGAAACACAUGGCGGACCUAAAGCUGGACCUGGAGUAUCAGGUCGAGUACCUUCAGGAUGAUAUCAGGGAGAAGACUGAGAUCUUCUCUCAGGCCAUCGAGGAGGCGAAGGUGAAGGCCGUUCACGAUUACAUCGCUUCGCCACGCUUUGACGACAUGAUGGUGGGCUCGUACAGAAGGGGUUUCAAGUUGAGCCGAUGGAUGAUAAGGAAUACGUACCCCGAGCUCGACAUUAGUGCCAUAACCACUUCGCGCAUCACUUAGGAAAUGGCUGCCGCAACUGAUGAUGAUGCGGAUUCCGAAGACGAAGCGGGACCUUCGGGUAUUGUCGAAGUCCCUUCCGAAGGCGAGGAAGAUGUACCUCCGGGCAUGUGAGCUCGUUGCUGUUGCUGUUUUUUUUUUUUUGGAAUGAAAUGUAAGCAAAAUUAUUUUGCAAUGAAUAGUCCCCUUUUUUGGUUAAGUGUUGGGCAAUCAUUUUCUCUUUUCGCUGAACUGACUAUGUUGUUGAACUGCUAGACUUAGGCCCCGAGGUGAGUUAACAUAGUAAGGCUAUACACCCGAUCUGUUCUCCGCCUGGGUUAGUUAACAUAGGCUAGAAUUGGGUCCUGGGCUAUGCACCUCGAGAUCCAUACUCGUGCAGCCUGCUUCGUUGAUGAGGUGUCGAGGUCAUCUUCAGCUCGACAUUCUGGCCCUUAUGGUGCCGAGGUCCUUGUUAGCUCGGCAUUCUGGCCCUUAGGCUCUGGUAGUGGCUCAUGGCCUACUUAGUUUGAUAAUUUAUAGGUAAUAUCGUCUUAAGUUGGCGAUGUUCCAUGCCAGGGGUAUUUGUUUAUCCUCUAGGGUCUCGAGCUCGUAUGCUCCCCCGAGUGCUCUCUUUACUUGGUAGGGUCAUUCCCAGUUCGGCCCCAGUUUUCCAACGUCGGGCUCAAGUACCAUGACCUUGCGGAGAACCAGGUCGCCGACGCAGAAGUUUCGUCUCUUAACUCUGGCAUUG